GCGCGUGGUUGUGUGAAGCUGCGGUGCGUGAGCUUUCUUUUGCUUGUUUGUUCUGUGUUGUGUUGUUCUCCGUGCAUCGCGGUGAUCGUGCAGCGUGAUUUGUGUGCGUGUGCACGUGUGUUCAGUGCGCCUCCUCCACGCCGUGAUUACAGAGGUACGCCUUUACCUGCGCUACGUGUUUGCUCCUUGCUAGUUUACAACAGGAAGGAGAAAGAAAAGAUCAAAGUGUCGGUGCGUUGUGCGUAUGCUUAUGCUUGAAAUACGAAGAUAAAUACAACCGCCUGCUGCGUGUGUGCUUUUUCGGUGUGGCGGUUUGUUGGUGGCACCUGCAAUAAUCGCACGUUUUAUCAAUUCGAUAGUGUUGGGUUAAGGAUAAGAUACAACAUAUCGCGCAAAUCAUCAAUAUCAAUCCCUACCUACUGACUUGGUGGAUAGUGUCGUUCCUCCAUUUUCCAAAAUGUAACGGAUAUUACUACAUAAGACCGGAACGAAACGGCUACGAAUUAACGCAUUGAAAAAGUGAAAUCCUAGUGCUAGAAACGGAUUCAAAAUUGCUUCAACAAAUUAGAAUAUCCCUUUUGCAUUUGUAUCGCUUAAUUGCUGUGUUUUUGUGUUACUAAAGUAGUGUUAGUAGUGUAUGGCGAUUCGCCAGGGGAUGGCUGCGUGUAGUGUCGUGUAGUGUCUAACGCGCGAAGCGUUAGAAGUGGAGUGAACAAUAGAGCCAAGAGAAGAGGUCAAUCAAGUGCAUAGUGCCUUUUUUGUUUUUUUGGUUGAUUUUUUUUUCCUGCGCGAGAGGAAACCAAUUCUCUCAGUAGGCAGUGGCAAAGCAACGGGGGGAAACCAUCAUGGGCUUCUCGUCUGCGCUGCAAGGCCGAGCGGCACACGACGCGCUGCUCAACCGGCAGGAAGCGGAGCUGAAGCUGCUGGAAACCAUGAAACGGUGUCUGGCACAGAAGGCAAAGUGUGACCGGGAGUAUGCCGUCUCGUUGGCGGCCGUCACCCAGCAAGGAUUGAAAAUCGAUCGCACCGAUGAUCUGCAAGGAAGCCACAUUAUGCGUGCUUGGCGGGGUUUUAUGGAAGAACUCGAGCACACUGCCAAACAGAUUCGCUCCAAUGCCGAGCAGCUGGAAACGGUUUGUCACGAGAAGCUGGCCAGCCUCUACCAGGAGAAACGCCGGGUCCGCAAGCAGUACCAGGAAGAGCACACCAAAAUUGCCACUCAGUUCAGUCAUCUCACAGAAGACGUCGCACGGAAGAAAAGCGAAUAUCAGAAGCAUUUAGACUACUACAAACUGCUGCGAGGUCGAUUCGAGGAACAUAUCAAAUCUGGUCGGUCUGGGCGAAAGCUGGACGAUGUCAUCGACAAGUAUCAAAAAGCCUGCCGGAAGCUGCACCAGGCCCACAACGAGUACGUUCUGCUCAUCAGCGAGGCGGUCGAGGUGGAGAAAGAUUUUCGAACAACGCUACUGCCCGGCCUUCUCGAACACCAGCAGACGCUCCAGGAAGGAUUCAUCCAGGCAUGGAGCAAUCUGCUGUCAGAAAUUGCAAAACUCAGUGACACCACAUCGGAAAAGUACGUGGAAAUACAGCGACGCAUUGAUACGAGUAUAUCGAGCAUCAACUCGACGGAGGAGUAUCGCGAGUUUACGGAUAAGCACAAAACAUCACCGACCACGCCGGUCGUCUUCCAGUUCGACGAAAGCCUCGUCGAAGACAGUCUCGGUAAACUCCAAGCGAACACGUUGACCGUCGACAACCUGACGGUGGAUUGGUUACGCGGUCGCCAGGUGGAACUCGAAGGUACGAUUAAGGAUCUGCAAGAACGACAAGCCAAGCUGCUCGCCGAACCGAACGGAACCGGUACACUGGCCACUAGCAGCUCACCCGCUUCCAGCAGCCCGGUCAGUACACCGGGAACAAAGCCAUCCACACCGAUUCUCAACGGUACCGGAAACAGCAACGGGGCAUCAGGCAAGGACUCUCAGCAGAUUGCGGCCAAUAAAUCAUCAAAGGAGUUGAACAACCUGCGGUGCCAGGAACGCCAAACCAUGAAGCUGGUCGAGAUGAUACGAACAGCACUGAACGAGGUCGGAUGCGAAGAGCUACCUUCCGGAUGUGACGACAUCGCGGUAGAGCACCUUAUCGAGAACAAAAAGUCUGUCAGUCAGGAUCUAUCGCUGGACUCGCAACAUAACAAUCCAUCGCAGGCGGGAGGAUUUUUCACACUGCGCACGGGUAACGGUGGCAGUGGUGGUGGUGGUGGUGGUGGUGGAGGUGGUGGUGUGAUGUCAAUGUUAAUAGAUCAGUUGCGACGCAAAUCAGGGCCUCCGGGAGCGGCGACUAGUGGUGGUACUGGUGGUAAGGCGGCACCCCGAUCGGUGGGUACCACUCCAGCUCAAACACCCAAACCAGGACAUCGCGCGACAGCAGCGAGCACGGUAAAUAGUGUUUCUAGUCCCGCUACUAUUACGUGUGAGCGUGUGCAAGCUUCUUUGGAUGGCUUUCCGCCGCACGCUACUAACCACUACCAGCAACAACAGCAGGAACAGCCGCAGCUGCGACCGUUAGCUCCCUGUUCAUCAGCAAGCUUGUACGCUGAGCUCCGUUCCGUUAAUCCAGAGAUCGAUGAUGAGCAAUCCUUUCCAUACCCCGAAAACCGCAUUUCAAACGUUUACGUAGACAUGGAAGCGUAUCUUGGGAUGCGGGAGCUCAGCCCCGAUGAGAACAGCAGCGAACAUGCAUGUGCAUCGUACACUAAUAUCAACAGCGACCAUCUUCCUUCCCUCCGCCAUGAACAAAGUUCAACCGCACACAACUCGCAAAGCAGUCCAAUGGGCGAUCUCCCUAAUUCACGCACCCCCAUGCUAGGGGACGAUGAUGGCGAAAGGCGAAAGUAUCGUCGACUACGAACCAUGGGCGAUCGUAUCGAUGAUGAGGAUGAUGAUGCCGAUACUGCUGAGGAGUUGAACGAUUCGAAAAACAAUUUACUACGCGAAGAGAGCUACGAUGGUGGGGAUCAACUAGAUGAAGGGCCGACGGAAUCGGAAACAAAGUAUCUGACGAUGAGGAAACGUUCAUCGCCCCGCGCUGAUACGACGACCCGCUGGAAGUCCUCCAUCGAGCAGCACCUGGAUGUGAUAGAUGCGCUGAACAUCAAGCUGGACGAACAUCAACGCCUCUCGGCCCGCCUUUCUGAGGAUUACGAAUACAUACGGGUGCAGACACUGCGCCGUGAAGCGGAGCUGAUAGCAGCAGCAGCAGCGGCAACAGCAGCAUCUUCAACAUCCUCUACCGCUGUACCGCAGCGUGCAGCAGCAGGAGGGACACCGUUCGAAAAAGCAAAUAGCUUCCGCGAGAAGAUCAAACGGCGCAUCCGAGGAGCAAAGAGCUCGCAACUUAGUGAACCGGUAGAACCGGAAACACCGGAUAAGGUGGCGAAUGUGGUUGAAAGUUUUUCCGGCCGAUUGCGCACACGCAUUGCUUCACAGCGGCAGUUUCGGUUGAUGAAGGAAACGGACUCGGCCAGUCCUUCCACCGAUCGUGGUUCGAUCACCACAAAUGGCGGCGCCUCUAACUCGGCGGGUGGACGCCAGAAGAAAAAGAAGCGUAAGUCGUCCAAAGCGCACCGUGCCUUCAAGCAGCAGCAGCAGCAGCAGCAGCAACGAAGUGGUCUAAAACGGGAUACCGAGAGUGAGCAAGAGGUGUAUGACCAACCGCAGCAGCUGCUCCACCCGGCAAAUACCUUCUCCGAGGAUGAGCUGUUAGUAGACGAGCCACCAAGAGUCGGUUCACCGGAGCAGAUGGUUAAACCGAGUGGCCAAAAGUUCUCGCAAACCGUACGCGCCACGUGGCGGGAACUGUUGCACUCGACGAACAAGGUCAAGGAUUCGUCAAUUAAUCUCACCAACCAGCAGCAGCAGCACGAUCGUAUGGAAGAAAAGUUAGAUCUUAUCCCCAAUCAGGACCGUCCCGGGUUGCUAGCAAUACGGUUUACCUUUUCGGACACUGAGACACCCGAACAUCACGGAAGCCGCCAGCUCGAUGCAACAUCAUCAACAACAGGCGAAGGAGGAGAGUAUUGUGUACCAUUGCUUUUAUCGCAAUCGAGUGACGAUACGAAGGCUCCUCAAAUUCUCUCUUCCGGCGAUAGCAGCCACCCGGCUGGUAGUAACAGCACCACCAGCAAGCUGGCUAUGAACCUGAAAAUCAAUCUGAAGGAAAGGCUCACCAAAUUGGUACACAAAAGGGCACUGAUGAUGGGUGGUGGAGGGACAGUGCCAGGUAAAAGCAAUCUUCUGCCGCUCCAUCAACCAUCGGGCGAAAUAUGUAGGUCCUGCUCCAAACGUAUCGUUCGCCCGGGAACCAUACACCCGAGCCAGACGGUGUUGGAUUUUGUAAAAGAAUUUCCUGGCCUCGAUAUCUGCAACGGUGGCCACGAUGAGGACGACGAAAACGACGAUUGCGAUGGCGACGGUGACAACAAGAAGGCAGACACCGCCCGUCCAGGCCGUGCAACCGAAUCGGAAAUGAUCAAUCUCGAGUAUGAGGAUAUCGAUGUGAUAACGAUUAAGUCCCACAAACUAACUGACCAUUGUGAGGGUGGUGAUGAUGAUAAUGAUGAUGAUGGUAUGACGCUGUCCACAAACCGGCCACUGCAUGAGGAAGAAUGGUUCCACGGUGUGCUGCCGCGGGAAGAGGUGGUGCGGUUGCUAAGAAACGAAGGUGACUUCCUGGUGCGCGAGACGACGCGAAACGAUGAAAGCCAAACCGUACUCAGUGUCUGUUGGAACGGUCACAAACACUUUAUCGUGCAGACGACGGCGGAAGGCCACUACCGUUUCGAAGGACCGGCAUUCCCCAGCAUACAGGAGCUGAUCGUGCACCAGUACCAGUCGGAGCUGCCGGUGACGGGCCGGUCAGGUGCGGUGCUGCGUAAGCCAGUGUUGCGCGAACGCUGGGAGCUGAGCAACGAUGACGUGAUACUGCUGGACAAGAUUGGCCGGGGCAAUUUCGGCGAUGUGUACAAGGCGAAGCUGAAAUCCUCCAAAAACACGCUGGUCGCGGUGAAAACCUGCCGCAUGACGCUACCGGAGGAGCAGAAGCGCAAGUUUCUGCAGGAGGGACGCAUCUUGAAGCAGUACGAUCAUCCCAACAUCGUCAAGCUGAUCGGUAUCUGCGUGCAGAAGCAACCGAUCAUGAUCGUGAUGGAGCUGGUGGCCGGCGGAUCGUUGCUGAUGUUUUUGCGCAAAAAUGCAACCACCUUGGGCCAGCGCCAGAUGAUGGGUAUGUGCCGAGAUGCGGCCGCCGGGAUGCGCUACCUGGAGUCGAAAAACUGCAUCCACCGUGAUCUCGCGGCUCGAAACUGUUUAAUCGGGAGCGAGAACAUCGUGAAGAUUUCUGACUUUGGAAUGUCCAGGGAGGAGGAAGAGUAUAUCGUAUCUGGCGGUAUGAAGCAGAUUCCAAUCAAGUGGACUGCCCCGGAGGCGCUUAACUUUGGAAAGUACACCUCGCUGUGUGACGUCUGGUCGUACGGGAUCCUGGUGUGGGAGAUCUUUAGCCGUGGCGAUACGCCCUACUCAGGAAUGAGCAACUCGAUGGCUCGCGAGCGAAUAGACGAAGGCUACCGGAUGCCAUCGCCGGAGGGUGCUCCACCGGAGAUGUACCGGCUCAUGCUCAAGUGCUGGUCGUACGAGCCCGAAAGCCGGCCACACUUUGACGAAAUCUAUACCGUGGUCGAUGCCCUGAUUCUAUGCACCAAGGACUGACCGGAU